UUCGCGUGCGCGCGACAGCGUAGCCAUGAGCCCAUGACACCGAGCAGAGAGCGAUCACCAUGGCGGCGUUCAUGGCGAGCGGCAGGUCGACGGUGGCUCCUUCGACCACCCGCAGCUGCCGGCCGGCGGCGGGAUUCGUCACCCCGCGCAGCCUCUUCAGCUGGGGCGGCAGAAGCGCGCCGCCGCCGGAGUUCCAGUACCACGACGUCGCGCCGCCGUUCCCCAUGUCCCUCGUCGCCAACACCCACCUCAGAGGUCGCGAGCUGAAAUGCUGCUACAAGGCCACCGUGGACGGCUUCAGCGCGACGGACUUCCAUCGCCGGUGCGACUUCAAGGGCCCCUGCGUAGUCGUCGGCCGCACCGGCGGCGGGGUCAGGUUCGGCGGGUUCAGCCCGGAGGGGUACCGGAGCACAGACGACUACUACGACACGCUCGACGCCUUCCUCUUCUAUUGGCCGGAGACGGACACGGACGCAGCGGCGAAGGAGGCGGCGGUGGUGGUGCUGCCGAAGGUGGGCGGGAGCGGGGCGGCGCUGUUCGACUACGCGCGGGGCGGGCCGCAGUUCGGCGCCGACGGGCUGCUCAUCGGGCCGCCGCUGACCGCCGUGAUGGGGGUGUUCACGGGGCCCGACUCCAGCGCCGGCGCCGGCGACCUCCGCGGCGCGCGGUCGCGGCUCGGGCUGUCGUACGCGAGGCGGCCGGACGGGAAGGAGAGCCUGUUCGGCGACGAGAGCAGGGCGGAGCUCGACGAGGUGCUCGUCUUCUGUAGCUCGCAGAUCGCGAGCCUGUACUGAUCACCAUUUUCUCUAUAGUGGAGUAGCUCAGAGCUAGAGUAAUUAGCUAACUAGCAAUUAAUUACUCCCUCUGUUUUUCAAAUAUAAUCAUCUGUUCUAUAGGACAUCAACACAGUAUUACUUCUUCAUUUUUCAUA